AUGGAACCCAACGCCAACGGUGAACCGGUCGUGUAUCCGAAUCGCGGCGCGCGACGCGCGGCCGAGGCGCAGGCAAGGGACCGAGAAUUCAUCGAGAAGGCUCGCGCGAAGAAGCGCGGCACCGUUGUCGGCGCGGGACACGAGUACGGCGCGUUUGAAAAACAUACCACUGGGUUCGGGAGCCGCAUGCUCGCUAAGAUGGGAUUCCAAGGGCAAGGCUCAGGCGUAGGUAGAGAAGGCGAGGGCAUCGCGGAGCCCGUCACCGCGACGACUCGAGGAAAACGCGUCGGACUCGGCGCGUUCGGAGCAGAACGUUAG